AUGGCGAACCCGAGGAGGGCCAUCGCGCUGCAAAUCAACACCCAGACCCCGCCAUUCCCCGCCGCCGCCGCCGCGCCCUCGUCCUCCUCGCUGCCCUCGUCGCUCCUCCACUUCCUGAAGCGCCCGGCGUCCUUCCCCUUCCUGCUCUCCCUCUUCGUCCUCCUCACCUGGAUCUCCCUCCACUUCCACCAACCCACCCCCUCCGCCUCCCUUCAGCGUCCCACCGUCGUCCACGACCCUCAGGCCAACCUCGUCCGCUACCCCGCCGCCCUCCAUCCCACCCCCAUCGCCGCCGACGAACGCGGAUGGCUACUCGACCCUGUCGCCGCAGCCCGCGAGGCCGGCCUCCCUGAUGGGGCGUUGGUCUGUCUUUCGCUACACGUAGGACUGAUCCAGCCAGGUGGUUUGCGUGGCAACCAUCGUCACCAUACAUGCAAUGAAACAUUUGUCAUCUGGGGCGCAAAAACAAAAUUCAGGUUAGAAAAUCCUGAUGUAAAAGAUAAAGGAUACGGAGAAGCCAUAAUUGCUGCCGACGAGGUUGCCAUCGUCGCAAGUGCAAGAUCAACUGCACACGCAUUGAUCAAUAUGGAUGUGCGACCGACCUUCUUCUUGGGAUGUCAAGAUACACCAAUAAACCCCAACAGUUCAAAUACUGACUACAAGGUCUGGAAAGAUCUCUGA